CGGAGUCAACACUUGUCCGCAGUGUUUUCAAUAAUAACAUCUGACGUUUUGACAUUUACCAUUGUAGGGCGAUGUUUUAAAUUUAUAAACAAAGUUUGAAAUUCUAGGACCGCCGGACAUCCUGCAAUAAUGUGCGAGAAUGGGGCAGACUAUACCGACACCGUUGAUCCAAGAGUGCACAUAGAAUUGGAGAGGUUAAACAGUGCCACAGAUGAGAUAAACAGGUUGGAGGUGGACCUGGAUGAGGCCAGAUCAUCCUUUAGGAAUUUGCUGUGUGAUAGCACCGCCAAGAUCGAUACAAUAAGAUUGAAGUUAGGGCUGUGCAUUGAAAGGGCUAAACCUUACUAUGAGGCUAGAUUCUGUGCCAAUGAAGCACUGAAGCAAACCCAGGUUGCUGCUAUGAAAUAUGAGAAAGCGAACAGUGCUCAUAGUGCUGCUCGAGAGAUGGUUUACUUAGCUGAACAAGGAUUAGGUGGCAGGACAUUAGAUCCGGCAUGGCAGGAGAUGUUGAAUCAUGCUACUCAGAGAGUGAAUGAAUCAGAAACAGAUAGGGGAGUAGCGGCAGGUGAACAUAGAAUAGCUUGUGUCAAACAUGAAGCAGCUAAUGCUAAAGUGAAAUCAUUGCAAAGGGAAUUGAAAAGAGCAAUUGCAAAGAGCAGUUUGAGUAUCCGACGAAACCUUAUGACAAUAAGUAGCCUUGCUUACCGGCAUGAAUUGAUGUUGUUGCCUUAUUAUGAAAUGAAGGCUCAUUUUAAUUAUUUGCUGGAGCAGCAGAAGACGAGAGUGCAGACACUGGAAUCGCAAGUAUCAAACGCGAAAUGGACAUAUGCUGAGGCUCUGAGAAAUCUGGAGCAAAUCUCCGACGAAAUCCAUCGCACAAGGAACAACACAACCAAAUUGGUCGCAUUGAGUGCGCCUACAAAGCAAAUCAGUAUUGAUAGUAACGAGUCAUCGUAUGUGGACGACUUCUCCGAGGAGUUUAAAAGUCUACCUCCCAAGUUAUCCAAUCUACCGAUACUGCUAAACAAUCUGGAAGAUGUGGAAGGUUACAAAAGCAUAUCACCAACAAGUACAAUAUCCCAAAGCGAGCAAUCCGAAAAGAUCAUACAUCCAAGCGUUACGCAAAGCCAAUCCAGCGAAUGGACCGAAAUCAAUUUGGAUGUAUCCAGUCCCGAGGACGAUUUCAAGAAGUUAGAUCUCAACGAUAGCGAUAAACCUAAAUUAAUCAAGCAAACAACUUUGCCUAAUCCUGCAAUUAACAGCGAGUUUGGAACGAAGAGCAAAAUGAAGCUGGAUUCGAGCAUUUCCAAUUGGAUAUCGCGAUCGUCGGUUAAGACCGAAGAGCCUAGUUCCAGUCGAAGGCAAAGUUUAGAUAAUAUUUUGGGACCAACCAGUGAGAAGGUCAAGGAAAUCUGGUCGCACGGAAUGAUGAUGCUGAACAUUAGCUCGCUCACGGAGCGAAGGAACAGCGAACCUAAACCGGGUAUAACUGAAGGUAAAUGCACCAAAAAGUUACCUAGUCCUUUAGAAAAAACUCUUACAUAUCUUAAUAUUGAAGAUGACACUUCCGAUACCGAGAGUUUAUCCAGCGUUGAUAUGUUAAACGAGGAUCAGAUCCAUUCUUUGAUGCUCGACAAAGAAAUAAGUCUAGUGUGUGAGGAAGUCCUAGGAACGCCUAUAUGCGAGAUCGUUAGUUUUGCGCCUCCCCAAGAUGCAACCGUUUCAUCUAGUCAACAUGCUAAGUAAUAAGCAGUAUUAUUAAGAAUCAUCUGUUAUUUUUACAAUUUUAAUCACAAUCACACUUUGUUAUCCUUUUUUUAGCUUAGUUAAUGUUUGUUUUUUAUUUAUAAAGUAAUCUAAUUUAUAAGUUCUUCCUUUAGUACAAAAUAAUUGCAGCUAAAAUGCGUAAAGAUCAAACU